GAAGCAGGGAGUGGUAAGUCCUCAGUGCACGUGCAGGAAGCAGGUAGCUACCUGGAGUUAUUCUAGUCAAAUCCAAGGCUCAAAUUUCCCAAGUUUCCCAAGAAGGCAGUGAUAGAAGCCACAACCCAGGGUUUAUCUCUCAAGCUACCAACAAUUCUUCAGGAAGAAGCAACUUAAGAAAAAGACUGAACCAAAAUGACAACUGGUCAAUUCGAUUGUCAAUACUGUGCAACAUCACUUCUUGGGAAGAAGUACAUACUGAAGAAUGACAAUCCAUACUGUGUUUCCUGUUACGAUCGUAUUUUUUCUAACUAUUGUGAGGAAUGCAAAGAACCAAUUGAAUCAGAUUCCAAGGAUCUUUGUUACAAAGGCCGACACUGGCAUGAACAAUGCUUCAGUUGCGCCAAAUGCAAUCACUCUCUGGUGGAAAAGCCUUUUGCUGCCAAGGAUGAGCGACUGCUGUGCUCAGAAUGUUAUUCUAACGAGUGCUCCUCCAAGUGCUUCCACUGCAAGAAGACCAUCAUGCCUGGUUCCCGUAAAAUGGAAUUUAAGGGAAACUACUGGCAUGAAACCUGCUUUGUGUGUGAGCAUUGCCGACAGCCAAUAGGAACUAAACCUUUGAUUUCCAAAGAGAGUGGCAAUUACUGUGUACCGUGUUUUGAGAAGGAGUUUGCUCACUACUGCAGCUUUUGUAAGAAGGUGGUGACUUCAGGUGGGAUAACAUUUCGUGACCAGCCAUGGCAUAAAGAGUGUUUUCUAUGCAGUGGCUGUAGGAAAGAGCUCUGUGAAGAGGAGUUUAUGUCCAGAGAUGAUUAUCCAUUCUGUGUGGACUGCUACAACCAUCUUUAUGCCAAAAGGUGUGAAGCCUGCACCAAACCCAUUACUGGUCUCAAAGGUGCCAAGUUUAUCUGCUUUCAAGACCGGCAGUGGCACAGCGAAUGCUUCAACUGUGGGAAGUGCUCAGUCUCCUUGGUGGGGGAAGGCUUCCUGACCCAGAACAAGGAAAUCUUUUGCCGCAAGUGUGGUUCUGGAAUGGACACUGACAUCUAGAGGGAGACAGUCUGUCCUCACCUGAAAUCCACCUUGUUUUUGUUCUCACUAAAUCCAGAACUUGCUUGAAGUUGCA